AUGUUAAUUUAUAUUAUUUUAUCUUUAUUUUUAAGAGUAUCAGGAAUAAUAGUUUUUUCUUUUAAACGUAAACAUUUAUUAAUUAUAUCMUUAAGAUUAGAAUUUAUUAUAAUUUCUUUAUAUUUUAAUAUUUUAAUUUAUUUAUCUUAUUUAAGAUAUGAAUUUUUUUUUUCUAUAAUUUUUUUAACUAUAAGAGUAUGUGAAGGAGCUUUAGGUUUAUCGGUUUUAGUUUUAAUAAUUCGUACUCAUGGUAAUGAUUAUAUUAUAACUUUUUCUUCAUUAUGAUAA